UUUGAAAUAAUUGUGAUAAAAACUUAUUGUGGGGUAAAAAAACCAAAAGGUUUUUAGAUUAUCCUUCUAAGAUCUACCGUUAUUUUGUUAAGUUGGACAUACCAAUAUUUAUAUCAUAAAAUAUAAAAAUAAACGUUUAUUUUUUGUCAAUUUUUAAGAUGGAAGCUUACGAAAGUGUUAUACUCGUGAAGAACGAAGUUUUUGUCUUUAAAAUUCCCCCAAGGACUUCCAAUCGAGGAUACAGGGCAGCAGAUUGGAAUUUACAAGAGCCACAAUGGACGGGGCGUAUGCGCCUCGUAUCGAAAGGUGACGAGUUGAUUAUGAAAUUGGAGGACAAAACUUCUGGCGAACUGUUUGCCAAAUGUCCGAUCGAUAAGUAUCCCGGAGUCGCCCUUGAAUCUGUAUCAGAUAGCUCGAGAUAUUUUGUUGUCAAAAUUCAAGAUGAUAAUGGAAGAAGUGCAUAUAUUGGCCUAGGAUUUGGUGAUAGGUCGGACUCCUUUGACUUGAAUGUUGCUCUGCAAGAUCACUUCAAGUGGCUGAAAAAGGAGCAAGAAGGAGAGCCAGGGGAUCAACAGCAGCUUGAUCUCAGUUUCAAAGAUGGAGAAACCAUUAAGAUUAACAUGAAGAUUACUAAAAAGGAUGGCAGCGAAGGCAGUAGACCCCGUAGAGUGGCAGGUACCGGUGGGGGGCUUCUGCCUCCUCCCCCUGGGGGCUCCAGGCUGCCCCCUCCCCCCUCACCGCAGCAUGCACAUCCUCCUGCGGGCACUCCUGCUGUUCCCAACACUGAGUGGGGAGACUUUAACUCUGCCAGUGCUUCAGCCCAACUAGCCAAGCCAACGACACCAGCCAACCAACAAAACUGGGUACAGUUUUGAAAUAUUUCUAUUUGUGUAUAAAAUAACUAUAAAUAAUGUUUAUUUAAACUUGUAGAAGUUAUAAUAAUUUGCUUAUAGUUUAAUCAGCUGUAUAUUUUUCUGUGUUUUUUCUAACUAAAUGUGAACUGUGUUCGUAUCAACUUUUUUUACAUAGAACUAGAUGUUGUAUUACGUAGCAAUAAUGUAUUAAUGCAUAAAAUUAAAAACAAGUUUAAGAUUACUUAUCUUAGCAAUAAUUGCAGCAUACUUGUUUAAAUGAUAACUAGAGGAAAAAGAUGCCAGUUUAAUUUGCAAGUAUCAUUUGUUUACAACUUACAACAGAAAUUUUAUAUAAGUAAUAUGUUUUAUUAUGAGGCUUAUUAUUAAUUACUUCGAUAUAUUAUUAUUAUCUUAAUAUUGGUGGGGGCAAAAUUAUUUAAUAGACUUUGCAUAUUAUUUAAGCAUAGCAUAUUUUUAGUAUAACUUAUGAAUAAUUUAUUUUAAAUGGUAAGCUACUAUAGCUUAGCCAUACAAACUAAAACGAACAAUCCAAAUUGCUUUACAGCUCCCUUGAAUUGUCUGAUUAGACACAUAUACUCAAAUAUUAAUUAGCAGUUCAACCACAUAUGACCACAUCUUCAACCGUUGCAAUUAUUUUUUUUGUAUUUAAAAAUUCUGAGUAUAUGAAGAAAAAAUUUUGGGACUGGCCGAGCUAAAAUUUCGUCAUCAUUGCAUAACAGUUACUUAUAUAUUUUAUAGUUUGUUUCAAUAAUUAAAUUAUAC